CACCACUGCAACCGCCGCCCCGGCCGCCGCCGCUCCUUGUCGGGCCGGCGGGCGGAGAGCGCAGCGCGGGGGCCGCGGCAUGGCUGUGUCCUGGAGGAGCUGGCUGGCCAACGAAGGGGUUAAACACCUCUGCCUGUUUAUCUGGCUCUCCCUGAAUGUUUUGCUUUUCUGGAAAGCCUUCCUGCUGUAUAACCAAGGGCCAGAGUAUCACUACCUCCACCAGAUGUUAGGGCUAGGAUUGUGUCUAAGCAGAGCCUCCGCAUCUGUUCUUAAUCUCAACUGCAGCCUUAUCCUUUUACCCAUGUGCCGGACACUCCUGGCUUACCUUCGAGGAUCCCAGAAGGUUCCAAGCAGGAGAACCAGAAGAUUGUUGGAUAAAAGCAGAACAUUCCACAUAACCUGUGGUGUCACUAUCUGUAUUUUUUCAGGUGUGCACGUGGCAGCCCAUCUGGUGAAUGCCCUCAACUUCUCCGUGAACUACAAUGAGGAUUUCACUGAACUGAAUGCAGCAAGAUACCGAGAUGAGGAUCCUAGAAAACUUCUCUUCACAACAGUUCCUGGCCUGACGGGGGUUGGCAUGGUGUUGGUGCUCUUUCUGAUGAUUACAGCUUCUACAUAUGCAAUACGAGUUUCUAACUAUGACAUCUUCUGGUAUACUCAUAAUCUCUUCUUUGUCUUCUACAUGCUACUGAUGUUGCAUGUUUCAGGAGGGCUGCUGAAGUAUCAAGCUAAUUUAGAUACCCACCCUCCUGGCUGCAUCAAUAUUAAUGGAACCCGCUACCAGAAUAUCCACUUACCAAACUAUCGCUCAGAACAUUUUCAUGAAUCUUUCCCCGGAGGACUUUCGAAACCAGAUGAACUUACCCAAAACAGAUCUGUGAACAUUUGUAUGGAAGAGCCCAGGUUCCAAGCUAAUUUUCCACAGACCUGGCUUUGGAUAUCUGGACCUUUGUGCCUGUAUUGUGCUGAAAGACUUUACAGGUGUAUCCGGAGCAAUAAACCGGUCACCAUCAUCUCGGUCAUAAGUCAUCCCUCAGAUGUCAUGGAAAUCCGAAUGAUCAAAGAAAAUUUUAAAGCAAGACCUGGCCAGUAUAUUAUUCUACAUUGUCCCAGUGUGUCUGCCUUAGAAAACCAUCCAUUUACCCUCACAAUGUGUCCUACUGAAACCAAAGCAACAUUUGGGGUCCACCUUAAAAUAGUAGGAGAUUGGACAGAAAGGUUUCGGGAUUUACUACUUCCUCCAUCUAAUCAAGACUCUGAGAUUCUGCCUGUUAUUCAAUCAAGAAAGUAUCCCAAGCUAUACAUUGAUGGUCCAUUUGGGAGUCCAUUUGAGGAAUCAUUGAACUACGAGGUUAGCCUCUGUGUGGCUGGAGGCAUUGGAGUAACUCCAUUUGCAUCAAUACUCAACACCCUGCUGGAUGACUGGAAACCAUACAAGCUUAGAAGACUGUAUUUUAUUUGGGUGUGCAGAGACAUCCAGUCCUUCCGCUGGUUUGCAGACUUACUCUGUGUCUUACAUAACAAGUUUUGGCAAGAGAACAGACCUGACUAUGUCAACAUCCAGCUGUACCUCAGUCAAACAGAUGGGAUACAGAAGAUAAUUGGAGAAAAAUAUCAAGCACUGAAUUCAAGACUUUUUAUUGGACGUCCUCGGUGGAAACUUCUGUUUGAUGAAAUAGCAAAAUGUAACAGAGGGAAAACUGUUGGUGUUUUCUGCUGCGGACCCAAUUCAAUUUCUAAGACUCUUCACAAACUGAGUAACCGAAACAACUCAUAUGGGACAAGAUUUGAAUACAAUAAAGAAUCUUUCAGCUGAAAGCCUUUGAGAAGAAUCAGGACUCUAAACCAAGAAUGAGUGCAAUUUCUAAGACUUUGAAGCUCAGCUGAAUCAAGUAGCUGUGUCAUGCCAAAGAGUAGCAAGGUUUUCUUAUUUAUGAUUAUUUAAAAAUGGAAAUGCAGAGGAUAUGGCAGGAUGACAGGUCACAUUACAUGUUUAAUCUGGAAACCAAAGAGGCCCUGAAGAGUAGUUGCUGUGAUGAUUCACUUUUCAGUGCUCAAAUGAAAACUAUUUGAUGCACACUGUUGAUUUUUAUGGACGAUUCAAGAACUCCCUAGUGAGGCACUGCACUUGCUCACUGUGAGGCUGAUAGCCUUGGUCCUCUUUAAAUUGUUUUUGGUUGAACAAAUACAAGAUUGAAUGAAAUUAAAAAUGCAUUGAAACUCAGAUUACAUUUUCUACAUGAGUAUAAACAGAAUAGCUUUGAUUUAGAAAAAGCUCCAGGCAAAUAUAGUAGAUGUUUGAAGAUAUAGCACAGGACUCUCUAUUAAUACGGGUACUUUGUGUCUCCUCUUCCUCACUACUGAUGCUAAUACCUCUAUUUGAUGUCUGUGGACUUCAUGCUGAAUGAACUUUUGUAGAUGUUGAUAGAGUAUUUUUAUAUUUAUCUUUCUUCCUUUUUCCUCUCUCUAUGGAAAUCUGCCCUCCUUUGCAUGCAUCAGACACAAUGAUUUAAUCGAUCCUUUUCAUCUGCAGUUUACUUAAUCUAUUACUGUUGGAUAGUAAUGAAGAAAAUAUCAUUACUGUAAAUCAUAAAGGAAUGUAUAGACUAAAUAACUUUUUUCCUUUGUCAGCAUUUUGGCCUCUGUUAUUUUUAUUUACUUUUUUCCCCCAGCAUAGAUUCUUAUUUUUAGACCCUUAAGGUACUUUGUUUAAUUUGCACUUUGAGACAGAAGAACAUUGUGUCUCUCAGUGGUGACUGAGUCAUAAGAUGUCUUUCUUUUGUCACACAUUGGUUUCUACUGGAGCCCAUUGAAAGUGCAAUCACAUUCCUGAACAGUAACAACCAAAAAACCCGCCCAUACUUUGCUUUCUACACAAGAGGAAAUAUUUCAUUAAUUAUUUGAAUUUAAGUUCAGAAUCAAGAAUAGUAUUUGUUGCAGCAUUUGGUAUUCUGGGUCUUGAUGGGAAAUUAUUGAGUUUAAAGUCACUCUUCGGACUAUACUGCAUGAUCCUAUCAGUUUAUGCUCAUUAGCCAUUAUAUUCUUGGCUCAGGGGAUGACUCUACUUCCCUACUUACGAAUUAAGUUAUUUUUGCAGUAUAGUGAUUUUGUUUUGUAGACAUCUCUCAUUUGCUAUCAAUUAUAGCACAUUGCUGAAAUAAGCAAAAUGACAUACCUUGCCUUUGUUAAAAUGUUGUGUGGUUUAACAGAACGUGAUAGAUGCUACUGUCAUUUUUUUCUCUGAUUCACCAGUAACAACCAAACAGGGAAACCGUCUAGCAUUGAAUAGCUAUUAAUAUAUUACUUACAGAUAUUUCUUCCUUCCCUUGGAAUUCUUUCUUAUUCUUUCUGUGGAAGGAAGGCAAGUCAGAAAAAGAUAUGGGAAAUGUGCAAUAUUCCUACAGAUUUAGCUCUAAAGGCAUAUUUGAUAACCAGUACAUCUUGGCAACACUAUCUAAAUUAAAAAGAAUUAUCAUAAAAACAUAUAACAGAAAGAACUAGUAAAAAGAAGGUAAUACAGGCUUGAUGUGCAAUACUCUUUACUGAUCAUAGUUUAUGUAUGUGAUUGUAUGAAUACACCUAAUUUCAGUAAAAGAGGUGGAAGGUUUUUCAAAAAAAGAAACAUCCUUAUGGGUAGGUCUGCUAUUCUUGAUGAACAUCCUGUUCCUUUAAAAUUCUAGUUGAUGUUCAAACAUGAAGUGUUAAAUAUAGAAAAGUUUUGCUUCUGCAGGUAGUAAUAAAAUUAGAUUUUCAUCAUGCA